AUGAACGGUCCGGAUCGCAACAGCGACGCGUACUACACGUAUUUGGACGCCGUGGAUCGACUGAACGGUGCAGUGCGGUUCAUUGAGGAGGAGCUGCGCAAUGGGCGGUACCUGAUCGCGAGGGCCAUGGAGAACGUGAAGGCGGACUUCCACGGGCUGCUGGCGGACAGCAGGUGUGCAGAGGCGUGGGGGGUGCGGAUGAGGGGUGGGGGAGGGGGUUGGGGGGAGGAGGGUGGGGGAUGGGGGGGCGGGGUGGGAGGGGGAAAUGUCAAGGCGGACUUCCACGGGCUGCUCGCGGAUAGCAGGUGUGCGGAGUGGUUGGGGGUGCGGAUGAGGGGUGAGGAACGGUGGUCAGCGGUGGAGGGUGGUUGGUAUGGGGACCUUCACAGACGGGCGGUACCUGAUCGUGAGGGCCAUGGGGAAUGUCAAGCAGGGGGGGGAGACGGACAGCAGAAGGGGGAGGCGGACAGCAGGGGGGGAAGUGAACAGCAGGUGGGGGAGGCGGACAGCAGGGGGCGAAGUGAACAGCAGGUGGGGGAGGCGGACAGCAGGGGGGGAAAGGGGACAGCAGGUGGGGGAAAGGGGACAGCAGAUGGGGGCGGGAAACAGCAGGUGUGGGGAGGGGAUCAGCAGGUGGGGGGAGGGGAACAGCAGGUGGGGGGAGGGGAACAGCAGGUCGGGAGGCUGCACAUCCCAUGUGCCUCUGCAUCUCUUUGCCUCCCUUGCCGCCAAUCCCCCACCAAUCCCUUGACUCUUGACGCGUUUAACCCCCCGCCUAUCCCAUCACACCCGUCUGGUUUUGAGACCCUCUUUCCGGACCUGGACGAGCUUCGGGAGGCGAUGCUGUCAGAGGAGUCGCCGGACCAGAUCACGCCCCCUGAGAUGAUCGCCGAGGCUGCGCUGCCGAAGCUGCACGCCAUGGCUCGGCGGCUGGUGGAGAACAAUUGUGCGACCGACUGCACUCGUGCUUACAAGGAGAAGCGGGAGGCCGCACUAAGGAGGAAUUUCCAGCGGCUGGGCGUGCAGACGAUGACCAAGGCAGAGAUCCACAGCACGCCCUGGCCCCAGCUGGAGGAGCGGAUGAGACGGUGGAGCGAGCACAUGCACAUCGGGAUGAUUCUGGUGGCGGGGGAGAGGGAGGCGUGUGACGAGGUGUUUGACGGGCUGGACCCGUGCGGAGAGCAGUGCUUUGUGGACCUCUCGCGCUCCUCCAUGCUGCUGCUCGCCGGCUUUGGCGAGGCCGUGAGCGAGAUCAAGAAGACGCCCGAACGCCUCUUCUCCUUCCUCGACAUGUACGAGACGACUCUCGACCUCAAGUGCACGGUGGAUGAGCUAUUCAAGGGGCCUGAGGGGGAGAUGAUGAGAAGGGAGUACCAGCACCUGCUUAAGACCCUCGGGCAGGCCGCCAGAGCGACGUUUGAAAAGUUUGAAGAGGCGGUGAAGGCACCGCCGACGCCAGAGGAGGGUGGGCCGGGAGGAGGAGGGGGGUAUCCCGCUCUUGCCAGCCCUACUGCCAGCGAGAGUGGGAGAGGCGGAGGGUUCGGGCGGAGUGAGCUGCGCGGAGGGGGGCUGCUGGGCCGGCUGAAGAAGAUGAUGCACAAGGGCGAUGACUCAGCGAGUGAGGUGGCGUCGAUGACGUCCACGUCAGCAGCUGCCGCCCACUCCACAGGGGACAUCCACCCAAUCACGAGCUACGUGGUCAACUACCUGCUGCUGCUCUGCAACAGCGAGUUGCCCUAUUUCCAAAUACUCGAGUGUGUGUUUGAGGAUAUGGUCAGCAACGCCAGCGACUCAGCAGCCAGUAUCGUGACGCCACGUGUGCAGGGCCGGCUGGCCUUCGCCGCCGCCCGCAUCGUGGAUGCACUAAAGACGAACCUCGGGCAGCGGGCGGUGGUGCUACGAGACGAAACGCUGGCGGAGCUUUUCAUGAUGAACAACCUGGCCUACGUUCUCACUAAGAUUGAUGCGUCUGAUGCCGGGCGGCUGCUUGGUACGGCAUGGAUCGGCACAUAUGGAGCGAUGGUGGACAAUCACAGGGACAAAUUCAUCAUGCACACACUCGCUAAGUUCGAUGUGGUGUUCUCCUCAGAUGACCGUCUGGACUCCGCCUCCCUCGUCAAGCGCCUCAAGACAUUCAACAUCAUCCUGGAGCAAAUGAGGCAGCGCCACAUGGCAUGGACCAUCACCAAUCGCGAACUGCGCGCACACGUCAAGGCCAAGACCCUCUCAGGCCUGCUGGACAAAUACCGCGAGUUCAUCAUCCGACACGGCAACAUUCUACGCAACCAGCGCUCGCUGGACGUGCGGGUGCUGGCGUGUGAGGAGGUGGAGACGAUGCUUGCAGAUUCCUUCAGCAGCGGGCCUGUGGGAAAACACAAGUGA